CUGUCUCUCUUUUUUUUUUUUUAGGAUUUGGAGCUUCUUUCUUAUUUUUUAUUUUUUAUUUUUCAUAUGAAUGCUUAUUGCAUGGAUUAAACACCCCAAAACUGGAUGCGAAAAGAGGGGAAGAGUCCAAGUCCUUGCCCGUUCCUCGUUUCAAGCGUGAGCCCACCACAGCCACAAUUGAGCCAUGCCCUGCGUCCAGGCUCAGUAUGGAUCAUCACCCCAAGGCGCCAGCCCCGCGUCCCAGAGCUACAGCUACCACAGCGCGGGAGAGUACAGCUGCGACUUCCUCACGCCGGAGUUCGUGAAGUUCAGCAUGGACUUGACCAACACCGAGAUCACGGCCACCACCUCCCUGCCCAGCUUCAGCACCUUCAUGGACAACUACAACGCGGGCUACGACGUCAAGCCGCCCUGCCUCUACCAGAUGCCGCACGCCGGGGACCAGUCGUCCAUCAAGGUGGAGGACGUCCAGAUGCACGCCUACCACCAUCACCACCACCAUCACCACCACCAGCAGGGCCACCUGCCGGCCCAGUCCGACGACAUGAUGCCCCACGCCGGGCCCGUGUACUUCAAACCGGCGUCGCCGCACGCCCCCAACACGCCCAACUUCCAGGUGCAGCCGGGCUCCAUGUGGGAGGACCCGGGCUCCUUGCACAGCUUCCACCACAACUACAUGAUGGAGCAGCAGCGCAAGAACCCGGCCGUGUCGCGGCUCUCGCUCUUCUCCUUCAAGCAAUCGCCGCCCGGCACGCCCGUGUCCAGCUGCCAGAUGCGCUUCGACGGCCCGCUCCACGUCUCCAUGAGCCACGAGGGUCCGGCCGCGGCGGCGGCGCAGAGCUUCGCGGUGCCGAGCGCGCUCCGCAAGCAGGCCGGACUGGCCUUCCCGCACUCGCUGCAGCUGGGCCACGCACACCCGCUGGCGGACUCCCAGGCGCCGUCGCCGCCCUCCCGGGGCUCGCCCUCCAACGAGGGCCUGUGCGCAGUGUGCGGGGACAACGCGGCCUGCCAGCACUACGGGGUUCGAACCUGCGAGGGCUGCAAGGGAUUUUUCAAGCGCACCGUGCAGAAAAACGCCAAAUACGUCUGCUUGGCGAAUAAAAACUGUCCUGUGGACAAACGCCGGAGGAACCGGUGCCAGUUCUGCAGGUUCCAGAAGUGCCUGGUGGUGGGGAUGGUGCGAGAAGUGGUGAGGACGGAUAAUCUGAAAGGUCGAAGAGGACGUCUGCCGUCCAAGCCUAAAAGCCCCCAGGAGCCCUCGCCCCCGUCCCCGCCUGUCAGCCUCAUCAGCGCACUGGUUCGGGCCCAUGUGGACUCCAACCCGUCCAUGUCGGCACUGGACUACUCCAGAUUCCAGGCCAACCCGGACUACCACAUGAGCGGCGACAACACGCAGCACAUCCAGCAGUUCUACGACCUUCUGACGGGAUCCAUGGAGAUCAUCCGCGGGUGGGCGGAAAAGAUCCCGGGUUUCUGCGAGCUGCUCAAGCAGGACCAGGACCUCCUGUUCGAGUCCGCCUUCCUGGAGCUCUUCGUCCUGAGGCUCGCGUACCGGUCCAACCCGGUGGAGGGGAAAUUAAUUUUCUGCAACGGCGUCGUGCUGCACAGGCUGCAGUGCGUGCGUGGAUUCGGCGAGUGGGUGGACGCCAUCGUGGAGUUUUCUUCCAACUUGCAGGGCAUGAACAUUGACAUAUCUGCCUUCUCCUGCAUCGCCGCGCUCGCCAUGGUCACAGAGAGACACGGCCUGAGGGAGCCCAAGCGCGUGGAGGAGCUGCAGAACAAGAUCAUCAACUGCCUGAAAGACCAAGUGACUUUCACCAGCGGCGGCCUGAGCCGACCGAACUAUUUGUCCAAACUCCUGGGCAAGCUGCCCGAACUGCGCACGCUGUGCACGCAAGGUCUGCAGCGCAUCUUUUACCUCAAACUAGAAGACAUAGUGCCUCCGCCCGCCAUCAUUGACAAACUUUUCCUCGACACGCUCCCGUUCUGAUUGGGGCCGACACGAGACGAGAACUUCUUCCACAUUAUAUACAUAUAAAUAUAUCUACAUUGGGAAAAAAAACAAAAACAUUUUGUUAACUUAUUAUUUAUCAAGGGAGGUGUUUUAUUUUCACCAUCAC